AUGUCAGACCUUAAGGCAACCGUCAGCGAGACCCCUCAGGGGUUCCAUGUAGAAGGUUACGAGAAGAUCGAGUACGACUUCACCUUUGUGGACGGUGUCUUUGAUGUCAACAACUCAGGCCUAGCCAACUGUUACAAGAAAUGGGGCCGCGUCCUCGCAGUUACCGACAAGAACAUCUUCAGUAUCUACGGCAAGCGUAUGAAGGACUACUUCCAGCACUAUGACCUAAAUCUCACCGUCAAGCAGACGUCAAUUGGUGAAAAGGCCAAGACCAUUGACACUUAUCUGAGCAUCUGCGAUGCCAUGACCGACUUUGGCAUCAUCCGCAAGGAACCCGUCCUUGUGGUGGGUGGGGGUCUGGUUACGGAUGUGGCAGGAUUCGCCUGUGCCUCGUACCGCCGCAACACCAACUUCAUCCGCAUCCCAACCACCGUCAUCGGGCUUAUCGAUGCCAGUGUCAGCAUCAAAGUGGCCGUCAACCAUGGUCGCUACAAGAACCGCUUAGGAGCCUACCACGCACCUAUGCACACCUUCCUCGACUUUACGUUCUUGCGGACUCUUCCCACUUCCCAGGUUCGCAAUGGUUUUGCCGAGCUGAUCAAGAUCUCGAGCUGUGCCCACCUACAUGUGUUUGACUUGCUCGACAAGUACUGUGAGCAGCUCAUAGACUCCAAGUUUGGCCGGGCGGAUGGUGCGCUGGCCGAGGUGCGCCGCGCUGCUGAUGUUAUCAACCGCGAGGGCAUCUUUGAGAUGCUUAAGCUCGAGUCGCCCAACCUGCAUGAAAUAGGCCUGGACCGUGUCAUUGCCUACGGUCACACCUGGUCUCCCUUGCACGAACUUAUGCCUGAGACGCCUCUACGCCACGGCCACGCAAUCUCGAUUGAUAUGGCGUACACUGCCACCCUAGCUAACACCCAGGGAAUGCUCAACGACGCCGAGCACAAGCGGCUUCUGGACUUGUUCAGUCGUGCGGGUUUAUCGAUUGACCACCCGAUGUUUGAUGAAGAUGUCCUCGAAAAGGGCACAGCUGCCAUUCUGAAGACACGCGACGGCAAGCUACGCCUCGCAGUACCCAACCCGCUUGGCAGCUGUACAUUCCUCAACGACUUGUCGGCUGAAACUUUGAACGAUGCGCUCAGGAAGCACAAGGCCAUCUGCAAGACAUACCCUCGUGGAGGCGAGGGCUUGGAGGCCUAUGUGGACGCUAGUGACACGGGAUACACUGAUCACACUACUGAAGAUCUGUCUGUUGAAGCCGCUGCUAAGGAGGCUGGUGUCAUCAGCGAGUCCCAGACGGUUAAUGGCAGCUUGAAGGCUGUCAAUGGCAACAGUAACAACGUCAAGAACGGUGUCGUGCCCAAUUUUGGGGCUAUCAAGACUGGGAUCGAUGUUAAUGGCCACGGUCUGAACGAGUUAGAGAAGAAGCCCCUGGUUGAGGGUGUCAGGUCUGGUUAUUGA